AUGACUGUCAGUGUAUUGACUGUUUACCCUCAUGAUCGCAGGGCUGACCCGAAGCUGAGACUCGCUGCCACUGCCCAGUGUCACCGGAGAGCAUGCCGCCAGCCCAGGAAAAGAUUAAACUUCAAAAUCGAAGUACGGUUUCUGCUCACUGCCUAUCACUUUCACGCCAUCCUAAAGUCGAAAAAUUCCAGCCCAGUCCGUCCCACAGCAGACUCCCAGCCUCUGCCCUCUCCUCGUCCUCUUCAUACCGGUUUCCACUGGCACCUCCUCCUCGACUGCUCUGUCCGGGGCCCUCCGUCCUCCUUGUACCUUCUGCCGAAUCCCCAGGCAGCUGCCUCCUUAGAGUCACCUGAGAUGAUACCAGCUUAUGAAGCAUUACCUCUUCUCAGAUACUGUUUACGUGAGAAUCUAAUCUGCUGGAUAUUUAUUGAAAAGAUUUCUAGAAGCAAAGAACAAGCUCUUAUGAGGAAACUCUCACCAUGGAAGCCUGUUCGGGUGCCAGAAGAACCUAGAGGGGCAGAGGAAAAUUUCUUACUCCCCAGCAAUUGCAGUUUGGGGUCUGCAGCCAUGCUCCUAGCAGGAUGCUUUGGAUAUGAAUGGCAAAGCACUGGAGGAGAAGACAGGAUAGGAUGGACGUGGGCCCUUUGGAUUUGCCAGAGGAAAAAAAUAACGUGUAACUUGGAAAUGUAA